UUCAGAAUUAAUUUUUCGAAUUACUUCAGUAAGCUUCCUAAAAUGAGAGAAAUCAUCUUAAUUAUCAUAUUUGCUGGGUGUCUCUCCACAACAUAUGGAUUAUCAUGUAUGCCAUGCAGCAAUAGAACAUGUGAAACCCCAAGCUGUAACAGCAGCGGAUAUGCUCUCGGUAUUUGUGCUUGCUGUGAUGUAUGUGCGAAACCAUACAAUGCAUCCUGUGGUGGAAUCUGGAACCUUGAGGGAACAUGUGACAAAAAUUUAACAUGCUAUCACACCGCCGAACAACUGAUAGAACCAUAUUUUGCCGAGGGGUCAUGUGUUGACUCGCAUUGUAGAGCUAUUAUCGAUGUUAUUUGGGCAAUGGACGGCUCAGAAUCGAUGGAGGAAAAAAAUUUCAAAACUUUAAAGAAAUUUCUACAAAAUGCUACAAUGGAAAUUUAUGACAAGUUCGGAGCUUGCGCACAUGUGGAGAUUUUACAGUAUUCGAACAAAGAUUCUGUUGUGGCAUCCAUUCCAAUUGAAGAUUCCGAGCUAUUUCAAAUACCGUUUUCUCUUGGUGAAUGCGUUAAUAACGUGGAUUGCAUACAGCGAAGGUUGGACGAGAUGGAACAACUUGGCGGACAGACGUUUACAUAUUACGCACUACGGAGGAUUCGUGAGGUCGAGUUAAAGAAAUCAUCCCGAGCUGAAAGAUCGAAAAAAAUUGUCAUUGUAGUCACAGACGGGGAGGCUAGUGACGGGGCGUCUCUGUUAGAAUGGUAUAAGCAAGCAAUACUGGAUGGAAUAAUACCAUUUGCAAUUGGCAUUGGAGAAUUUGAUCCCGAACAACUCCAGACUGUUGCCAAUGGGGGAAAGAGCAAUGAACGAGUGUUCAGUAUCGAUUCACUUUCAAAUCUCAAUAUUUCAAAAAUUGGAGAAGUUCUCGUAAAUGGAAUUUGGAAUGAAACAGUUCACGAGAAUAUAACAUGCGCUUACCCGGAAGUGUACUCACCGUGUACAAAUCCUGAUUGCGACAACACAUGUGAGAAUCCUUUCGGCAAAUGCGUCGCUGAUUGCAAAGGAGUAGGGUGUGUAUGUGCGGAAGGAUAUGUGAGAAUGGGAGGUGAAAACCAAACGUGUGUUAAAUAUGGAGAUUGUCCCUCAUGCCCCUAUCCACAAGUCUACAAGACAUGUACAUCUAAUUGUCCCCCGACUUGCGAAACUCCGAAUCCCUUCUGCAUCCAAUCUUGCGCACCUGCUGGCUGUGUGUGUGCGGAAGGAUAUGUGCAAAAGAGCGACAAUGAUACAACAUGUGUGAGACAGGAGGAUUGUAAAAUGUCAUGCGUCGAUCCAUUUGUCGAAAACUCUUGUCCAUCAUAUUGUCCCGCAACAUGCGACGAUCCGAACCCCACUUGCAUACAAGUUUGCGCACCCCCAGCUUGCACCUGCCCAAAAGGUUACUUACUAUCAAAAAGCGACAAUGGUACAACCUGUGUGCUGCCGGAGAACUGUCCAGCUCAGAAGAAAGCAUUGCUUGAGAUAAUCUUUGUAAUCGAUGGAUCAGGAUCGAUCGGAGAAUCAAACUUUGCAAUUGUGAAGGAAUGGCUUGUCAACCAAACAGUAAACAUAUAUGAAGCUUUUGGAAACUCUGCACGUGUUGAAGUAUUACAAUAUUCAAACAAAGACAAUACCUGGGACGGGGUUUCGAUUGGAGAUUCAAAGAAGUUUGUUAUUCCGUUUGUGCUGGGUGAUUGCGUGAAUAAUGCAUCCUGUUUCACACCAUUGAUUAUGAACAUGCCAUACUUGAAUGGGGCAACUUAUACUUACUAUGCACUACGAAGAGUAAUGGAGGUGGAAUUUCCAAAAUCUCCAAGCUACGCAACAUCCACGAAAGCAGUUAUCGUUAUAACUGAUGGCGAAGCUAAUGACAGUGCUUUCCUUCGUGGCUGGCAUGAUAAAUACAAACAUAUGUUAAACACGAUUGCAAUAGGAAUUGGACAAUACGAAAAGUUUUUGAACCAAUUGCAAGAUAUUGCAAACGGUGGCACGGGAAAUGACAGAGUAUUUACCUAUGCGGAUUUCGGUGCACUGCGUGAAAGUUCUUCCGAUAUUAUCACUGCUCUCAUCAAUUCAACAUCGUCAUGCGACGAUCCAUUUGUCGGAAACUCUUGUCCCUCAUAUUGUCCCGCAACUUGCGACGAUCCAACGCCCAUCUGCAUACAAGUUUGCGCACCCCCAGGUUGCACCUGCCCAAAAGGUCAUUUACUAUCGAAGAGCGACAAUGGUACAACCUGUGUGUUGCCGGAGAACUGCCCAGAGAAGAAAUGUAUCUUUCCAGAGGUUCACACAAAUUGUGCGUUACCAUGUUUAAAGACUUGCAGUGAUCCUAACCCUAUUUGCCCUGAAAUGUGUCUGUUGAAUCAAUGCGUUUGCGCUGAAGGAUACAUCAGGAAAAGUGCAACAAACUUAACAUGUAUUCUGCAGGAUGAAUGUCCAGACAAUACCUGUCAGUACCCUAUGAUACGUUCCGAUUGCAGAAGUGCUUGUCCUACUACGUGUGAGACAGUUAAUGCUGAUUACCCAAUCGCUUGCACUCUUCAAUGCAUCGUGGGUGCCUGUGUCUGUCCCAAAGGAAUGGUCCUAAAGAGUUUAACUGACAGAGUAUGUGUAACUCCAGGGAACUGCACAAAACCUCCAACUGUCUGUCCUUAUCCAAAAAUGUUUCAACUUUGUCCGUCCGCAUGUCCUGCAACCUGUGACAAUCCCAACCCUGGUGUUUGUACCAAAAGUAACAGGCAAUGCGCAGAAGACAAAUGUGUUUGUCCGCCGGAUCACGUGCUCUUCAGUGAAACAGAUAGAAGAUGCGUUCAUGCUUACGAAUGCCCAGCCCGUGACUGUAUGGCCACCUGCGCUCCUUUGGAUUUCACUGGCUGUUCAUCAAAACUUUCUGAAGCGUGGUCUUGUCAUUUGUCCAAUUGGAUCUGCGCUGCAUAUGAAUGGAAGUUGUCUAUGGAAGAGUGGUGGUUCACAACUGGAUGUUACUCAGAAGAUGGAAGGAUGGAAUACAGAUGGCGUGAAGCAUUUAGCUGUCCAGAAUAUGGAGAUGUAGAUUGUGUGAGUCCCGGAACCAAAACUUGGAAGACAGAUGCUUUUGGAUGUCAAAGAUGGCAAUGCGGUAGUGGAGGAUAUCGGGAUACUCGCCAACUUGAGAAAAUGUGGAAAAUUCACAGCAUGAAAUACCAACAGAUUAUGAAACUCUAUAACGAAGCGAAGAUGGUGUGCGGAGGUGGCAGCGUAGGAGAAUGCUGAAAAAUAAUUCAAUAAUUUACUAAUUCGCUAAUUUUAUUUCUUACAUCCAUCCAAGUAUGUAAAUAGUAGGGUGAUGAUACAAGAUUGUAGAUUAAUGUGUAUUUUACAAGUAAUUGAGAUUAAGUAUCGGUUGGGGUUAGACGUGACUAAAAUGGCUAUUGGCAGAUUUAUGUCUUAUCAUUGUACAUCACUAUUUUUCUGUGCGCUUGAAUUCUACAAGACAAAUUGGAGUGAACCCUGACUGCUAUCAAAAAAUUUCGAAUCCUGGAACUCAUGAUACAAACAGAAUCCUAAAUUUAAUAUUACUGAAUACCAUCACAAGAUUUUCCACCACAUUACAAUAAAGAAAUCUUUUCUGAUAUCAAAAAAUUUACAUCCUGAAUUAGUUUUUAUUCCAAUUUAUUUUUUACAAACAAAAUUGGCUAAUGCAAAUAAAAGCUCUGAUUAAAUGUCUUCCAUUUUAGAUACAACUAUUCAGAUUUAUUAUGUUUUAUUUCCGUUAAACAUAGAUUUCACAUUUGUUAAAAAAAGCUUUUAUGCCAAGCGUAUGGUGCGUUCUCAUAUUAAUAUGCUUCUUUCAUGAUUAUUAAUAAGUAUAUUUUAGCAAUUAUUCAAAUAUUUGGUUUAGUUUGUCCCUUAUUUUACUUGUAGAUAGAAACCAUAUUCAAAUGCUGGGUAUUGGGGUUUGUAUUUUAUAUUCCAGCAAAAUAUCAAAGUUUUUGGCAUUGAAUUGCCUACGAUGAUAUUUUUUACUCACUCUAUUACUCCAUUCUAUAGAAUUAUAAUUGUUUUUACAGUAGCAUCCAGUUUGUAUUGUCUAUGCAUUACUUUCCAUACUUGCAGUAUCGUAACAAUAGAAAUAUAAAAAUACCUUAGUUGCUAAUAUAAUCAAUGUAUUGAG